AACGAAGAAGAAAAACAGUGACGUUUACGCAACCCGGAAGUGUGUUCCAGCUGUGAUUAUUUUUCGUUUCUUGACACUGACCGACAGUCAAAAGAGGCUGCCUGCAUUUGGCACCAGUGUUACAAUGGAGCGCCUUUGACUUUUUCUCUCGCUGGUUCGGCGGUGGGCGGGUGGCCGGAGACCCAUGGCGGCGGCGGAGUGCGGUUGAUUGUGUCCUCGCGCCCGGAGCGGAUGCACCAUGAUCCCCGUGUCCCUGCUGGUGUGCGUGCUGGCCGGCUGGUGCGCCGUGUACCUCGCAGACACACUGCUACGGUCGUCGCCGACGCAUCGGAUCGGCUACGAGUCGUGGCUGGCCAGGCGAGGGCUGAUGCUAUCCCCGUUCCACGUCAGGUGGCAGACGACCAUUUUCAACCGGCUCUUUGCGUACUGUGCCCGCAUCCACCCGCGGGCGCUCUACCUCUGGUUCAGCAGCGGCCUGGUUUUCGGCGUGGUGGCCAUGCUGGCGUCGGUGGUGCUGCUAGUGAAGACGCUGCAGCAGACUCUCGCUCAGAUGACCACGGACAAUCCGCACAUCGGAGCCCAGCAGGCUCUGCAGGUGGUGGUUCCUGGUGUCAACCUACCUACUAGUCAUCUGGCAUACUUCUUCCUCGCCCUGCUGCUCAGUGGCGUCAUACAUGAGCUGGGCCACGCAGUGGCAGCACUGAGGGAGCAGGUGCGCGUCAACGGCUUCGGCAUGUUCGUGUUCGUGGUGUACCCCGGCGCCUUUGUGGACCUCUUCACCACGCACCUCAACAUUGUGUCACCCGCCCAGCAGCUGCGCAUCUUCUGUGCCGGUGAGGGCCCACGUCGGCACUUCCACCAAAUCAUCCCAGCCUGCGUGUGGCACAAUUUUGUGUUGUGCGUGGCGGCGUUGGCGUUCCUCUUCCUGUUGCCGCUCUUCCUUUUCCCGCUGUACUCCAGCGGCGCGGGGGCGCUGGUCACUGAGGUGGCGCAGGGUUCGGCGGCCGACUGGCCCCGGGGCCUCUCAGCGGGGGACAUCGUGACGGCGCUGGAGGAGUGUCCCGUCGCGGGGGUGGAGGACUGGAACAGCUGCCUGUCUCACCUCUCUCACACGCCACAGACGGGAUACUGCGUGCCCGCCGCCAGCCUGCAGCCCAGUUGGGCCCACGGGCGAGCGUUCAAGCGGCUGGAUGGGACGAUGGACUGCUGCAGCAACAACAGCCUGACGGACCUCUGCUUCUCCUACGUCAAGCCACACACUGCUGACAGAGAGUACGCCUGCAUGCCGGUGCGCAAAAUGGUGACGGGCAGCCGGGUGUGCCGCGGCGACCACGACUGCAACGCUGACGCCGGCCUCGCCGUCUGCGUCACGCCCUCCCUGCAGAACCAGACCCGCUUCAUCCGGGUGGCGCACCCGCCCGGCACCCACAUGCUGUUCGUGGGCUACCCGCCGCAUCUCCAGCACGCCGUGAGUCUGACCAACUUUGUGCCUCGCUUUGGUUUUCUCCACUUGGACCUGCCCGUCUUCUUGGAGACAUUCUGCAAGUACGUGUUUUCCCUAUCUGGCGCCUUGGCGGUGGUCAACUCGGUGCCGUGCUUCGCUCUGGACGGCCAGUGGAUGCUCAACGCCUUGCUGGAGGCCACUCUGGCCGGCGUGGUGGCGGAUCGGCAGAAGCGAGAGCUGAUGGGUUUCUUCCUGCUUCUGGCCGGCAGUUCCCUGCUGGCAGCCAACGUGGCGCUGGGCUUGUGGAUGGUGACGGCACGGUAACAAAACAAAAGGCAAAUUGUGCUUGGAGACGCUUGCCUGUGGACUGGUGAACUGUGAAGAGACUACAUUACCCAGCAGUCCCCAGGUUUGCCUUUAAAGCUGUCACUCAUCCACACGGGACAAAAACGAGGCGUUCUUGCAUAGAAAAUGCACUCGACAUUUUUUUACAUCUGGUUGAAUGAUGUGAACAAACAAUCAUGUUCAAUGACGAUGACUUGCUCAUUUAUAGUUGUUUUUUUACGUGCACGAAGGAGCUUGAUUGUGGCUGGUUUUUUUUGGGACAUGCUUUUCAUUGGACACCAUUUAUUAUUUUUUGUGUACAAUCUCCUGUCGCCACGUAUGUGAAAUGAAUCUUCAAAAUUGUGAAGCAUCUAGUUGUUGUCACUGCUUUUAAACGCCGUGGGUGUUUUCACUGAAGGUGUGGAACCACGUCCUGCUGAAAAAACGAUCUUCGUGUUGCAUUUUAUUUAUGCUGACACUAGUAUUUUCCUACAUUAGAGCUGCAAAAAUACGUCCGCUUAAAGUGGCUGGAAUAUAUCCCACCGGGUUGGCGUGGGGAUUUUCCAUGCGGUGACGAUGAGGCACUCUAAAGCAGCCACACAAGUGUGACACCUCUGUCCAAGGACUCAACCUCCUUUGCGUCUUUCUCUGACUGACAGGCGCACACUCACGGCUGACAACGAGGCACUCUAAAGCGUGACUGGGCCACACGUCCUUCAAAUAAUUCGGACAACUGAAAGGGUGAAAAAGAGUAAUGCUAUAUCUCCACCUUUAAAUCCUACAUUGUUCUCAGAAGUGAUCUUCAAACAUGUUUAAUGUAUUUAGAAACAAUCAACAAUAAAAUUGGAAACAAAUCUCUGAA